AUGGCCCCGAAAGAGGACAUGCUGCCCCCGGGCUGGGAGGAUCCCGAUAGGCAAAUGGGCCAGCUCUUUAUGAUGGGCUUCGAUGGCACCACGGUCAGCCCUCAGAUUCGGUCACUCAUCGAGAACUACCAUUUGGGAUCGGUCCUUCUAUCGGCCAAAAACCUUAAAUCUGCGGAGGAAGCUACCCGACUGGUCCUCGAAUUACAGACCAUUGCCCGCGAUGCUGGUCACCCAGUUCCACUGAUGAUCGCGUUGGAUCAGGAGAAUGGCGGCGUCAACAGCUUAUACGAUGAGAUAUAUAUUCGCCAAUUCCCCAGUGCCAUGGGGAUCGCGGCAACGGGGUCAAAACCCUUGGCUCAUGAGGUUGCCGUUGCCACGGCUCAAGAGCUCAAGGCUGUUGGGGUUAAUUGGAUCCUGGGUCCUGUCUUGGAUGUACUAACUAAUGUCCGAAAUCAACCCUUGGGUGUUCGAACCACUGGCGAUGAUCCCCAGGAGGCCUCCCAGUAUGGUGUCCAAUUUAUGAAGGGAUAUCAACAAGCGGGGCUUGCGACCUGCGGCAAACAUUUCCCAUCUUACGGAAACCUAGAGUUCCUCGGCUCCCAUUCCGAUGUGCCCAUCAUCACGGAGUCUCUUGAGCAGCUAAGCUUGAGCGCACUGGUCCCUUUUCGUAAUGCGAUCAACCACGGCUUAGACGCGAUGAUGGUAGGUGGAGUCUCCAUGUCAUCGGCUGGGAUGAAUGUCAUGCAUGCCUGUUUGAGCGACCAAGUUGUCGACGAGCUUCUGCGGAAAGAUUUGAAGUUCCAAGGAGUCGUUGUAUCAGAGUGUUUAGAGAUGGAGGCACUGACGCAUAAUAUCGGGGUCGGUGGCGGAACAGUCAUGGCUAAAAAUGCCGGCUGUGAUGUCGUUCUUCUUUGCCGGUCAUUUCCCGUGCAGCAAGAGGCGAUCAACGGGUUGAAAUUGGGCGUUGAGAAUGGAAUCAUCGGCCGCGCUCGCAUUGAGCAGUCUUUGCGCCGUGUUCUGGCUCUCAAGGCUCGCUGUACCUCUUGGGAACAAGCACUGAAUCCUCCCGGUCUUCUUUCGCUCACACAGAUGCAGCCUUCCCAUACCAACCUCUCUACUCGUGCUUAUAACGACUCGAUCACCGUGAUGCGAGACAAGAAUAAUCUCCUCCCUUCUUCGGCAGUUACUCUUUCUGUUAAUGAGACAGCACAUGGUGGCCUCGACUCGUCAUCCUGGGAAAAGACCUCUUCGGUGAUGAGUGGGGAAAGUGUGUUUAAGGAACUCGGCAGAUCACUAUCUCGCCAACGAAAUGGGCGUGUGCUGCAUACUUCUUAUACGGCCAACGGCGUACGGCCCAUCCACGAAGAUCUCGUCAAGCGCGCGAGUGCUGUAAUUGUUGUCACAGCAGAUGGAUAUCGCAACAAGUAUCAACAAUCAUUUUCGAAGCAUAUCUCAUUACUUUGUCAAUCGCAAUAUUCUUCAACCGGAGAACGAUUGGAAAAGCCUUUGAUUGUGGUCUCUGUCAGCUCACCCUACGACUUUGCUACGGACUCUUCGGUUGGAACUUACGUCUGCACAUAUGACUUCACUGAGACAGCACUCCAGGCGCUCGUCAAAGUUCUCUAUGGUGAAUUAGGCCCCUCUGGAUCAUUGCCCGGGUCUAUCAGUCGCAGUCAAAAAAUCCAUCAAUCCCGACAGCACUGGCUGGUCGAGAACUGGAAUGAAGAGCGUGACGGUAAUGCCCUGGAUGCCUUACUAGAUGCAAUGCGGGAAGACUGUACACAAGGUCAACGCUCCGAGCUCCUCGGUGCUACCUCUAGCAGUUUCCUUCUACGGAAAGAAGAUAUCGACGAAGCACAUUUCGUCGUUCGCAACAGCAGCACACAAGCCCUGUACGGAUUCUGUGCAACCUACUUCUUUCAAUCCUCGGGCACCGGCGUAAUUGGAUGUUUGAUCGUCGACCCAGCCCGUCGCAAACUAUCAAUUGGACACUCCCUCCACAGCCGAGCAAUUCGCUCCCUAGUCCAGCGCAAAGGAAUGAAAAGAUUCCAGCUCGGCUCCCGACUUCCCGGAAUCUCUCUCAGUCCCGUGGAGCGCAAACGACUACGGCAAUGGUUUGCCAAUCUCGGAUGGAACACUUCGCUCGCGCGUCCGGUGUGCAGCGUCGUGCUGCGCAAUUUGACGAGCUGGACUCCGCCGGAGGGGUUGACGGUAACGCUGCAGAAUGCCGAUGCUGUAUACGACUUGGUUUACGGGUGGGACUUUGCUCGCACGAUUCUUGAUCACAUUAAGACCAAUGCUCGGCAGGGCGUGGCGGAUAUCUACCGUAUGGCUUUGGGCGGGGCGCCGAAUUGUGGGAUUAUUCGUGCGAAGCGCUCGACUGAUGAUAUGAUUUUGGGAAGUGUUGUUGUUUACAAUGAGCGGUCUGCUUUGGCUGAACAUAUGCCGACUUUACGAGCUACUAAUACUCCUGUCGGUGGUAUUUCGUCGCCUGUUAUCUCCCCAAUUGCGGAUGAUUAUUCGACUGUGAUGCAGGGCUUGAUUCUGUUGGCUAUUCGUCAGAUUCGAAAGCUAAAUGCCAAUGCUGUGGUCAUGGAUUGUGUGGAUGGCGACGGCAAUUUUGACUGUCUUUCUUCCAUGGGAUUCACCAUGCUACACAGUUUUGAAGAGGUGAAUUGUGAUGCAGCCACAUGGUCGAUGAUGCAUCCGUCGUGA